AUGUCUGUUCCCGAUUCUUCGUCGCCUCCGCGACCACAGUCGGCGUCGUUGGCUCCAUUUAUCCCCCUGGCCCAGGACGACUCGUGUUUACGAGCUGCCCCGGCGUUAGCUCUUGAUCACCACGCUCCUGCAACCAAGAAGCAAAAGCAACGCAAGUCUUAUGAUACACUUUCUCAGUCUAUGUUUGUGACUCCCACUUAUGAAGACUCUUUUUCUCUUCAACAUCAUCAACAACAACAACAACCUGUCAUUUCUUCGGCAUCCUCACUCAGUCCACAGUCCCAAGGUGGACCUCCAUCGUCAAAAUCUCAGCGAAUCUCGUCUUAUGCAUCUUUGCGCAGGCUUUCUGUUGCUCUGGCGGCUGCCACUGGGCCUGGAACCGGGGCAUCUGCAUCGACCCAGUCGAUGCUUCCGUCUGCAGACACGCCUCUGUCCCAGUCUCUCAUGUUUGAAUCUGAUGCCACAGCAUCGUCGUCUCGUAAGGUUUCACCUGUUUCUUCUUCUACGACUUCUCCUGCGACUUCUCCAGCUCUUAAGGCUGCUGCUGGAAGUAGUAGUGGUGUAGUCAAUUCUACCGACAACAACAACAACAACAACAACUUAUCAAUGGCUGCAACAUCCGAUAAACCCCUCCAGCCAAACUCUAAACCUGUAUCAAAUAUCAAUAACAGUUCUAUUGAUCAAGAAACUUGUUCGCCAUCUUUUAAGCCUCUAGACAAUUCCUCUCAGGUGCCUCUCAUUUUUACAGACCAACAGCAGCUACAAUCCAUGGGGCUGUCUGACUCAAGCCCCUCCUCUACUACCUUACAGGCUGCUGCAGAUAAUAACAACACUAACAACAACAACAACACUAACAAUAACAAUAACGCCACCACGGAACCUUCAACCACUGCGCGUUCCGCUCCCACUCGUGCUUCCUGGGCGUUUCCUUGGGGUCGUGCUUCAAGUGUUGUCACAGUCAAAGACGAGCAAGGCCAACUUGUAUCUUCCUUCGAGCAGCAGCAGCAGCAGCAGCAGCCAUCUUCCGAUCCCGUGCCGGUUUCUUCUCUUCCGUCGUCCGUGACAGUACUGCCCGCAGCUACAGCCGCAAUGGCAAUUCCUCGCAGCUCAUCUUCUGCCAUUGCUGCUGCUGCUACUUCUUCUUCUUCUUCUUCCCCAGCUACCUCUAAAUCCCUUUCAAUCUCUCAUCGUCAACUAAGCACCGCUGCUGCUACAGAAAUGUCUGCUAUAUCUCGCACAGGAUCACCUGCAAGCCGCCGCCGAUCAUCAUGGUGGUUCUGGGGACACGGUACCAUCGAGAACACUCCUGAGGAUGGACUUACUCCGGACUCGGCUUCAGUUACAUCGUCCUCAGCAACUGCAGAUGGACUGCUUUCUUCAUCUCUUGUCCCGGCAAUUGCAAUCAACCCUGCCGUGUCAUCGUCUGUCACUUCUACUACUCUAACAACAACAACUAUUUCAACAACCACUACAACCACUACCACAACAACAACAACGUUCCAACAGCAGCAGCAACAGCAGCAGCAACAACAACAGCAUUUGAUAAACACACCAAAUGGCAAGCUCCGACCAUUGUCUCAAACGUCGGCAUUUACACUUGUUCCAGAGAACCCUCGCAUACAUUCUCUGGACGAUGCCGUUGACCCCAAUGCAGUUGCAGUUGCAGUUGCAGCAACGGCAACUGCAACUGCCGCUUCAAUGACUUCUUCUAAUGCAACUAUUCACAUCCAAGAAACCCACACUGAUUCGGAAUCUUUCACAGGGUCCAUCUACUCGACAUUUACUCGCAUAUGGCCUUUUAAUGCCGGACAGCAGUCCCAAUCCACACUGCCUGCGCUCACUGAAAAAAGUCCCGCAGAGGACCCAAUUGAGCCACUUUCAGCUGCAACAACGGCUGCUCAUGCGGCUACUUUAUCUUCAUCAUCAGCUCAACAUAGCCCCUUGUUGCAAUCACCGCUAACCGCAUCGUCUUCAGCACCUGGCAGUGUUCCGGCUUCAUGUGAGACUCUUGAUAAGCCUGUUUCUUUAGCUGCCGCUCAGCUUUUGUUAAUCAAAAAUGAAGCAGCAGCACCCUCUGCAACUGCGGGAUCUUCUCCGAGUUCUUCACGACCAGUAUCUUCAGCUUCUUCCGUGAGACACCUUAGCACUGCUCAAUGCGCAUCUAACAAACCGUCAAAUAAACCUGACAAUGGCUCGUCUGAUACGGAAUCUUCAUCUGAUGCUCAACCCAAAUUGCCGUCUCAGCAGACCCAAAGGCGCAAAUCCUCUUGGGCCUUUUGGUCUAAGCAGUUAGACGAAAGUACUCAAGAAGACGGUGUGGAUCAGUCGUCGGGAGAAAUUGCAAUUUCGGGCACAGACUCUGCUCAACACCCAGUCAAGGUAGAUUCUCCACCUGCAAAUCUCGAGAUUGAACAGCAACAAACUGAACCGGAGACGAAGAAAUCUAAAAAGUCUAAGAAGACACCAUCUUCUCAAUCAGAGCGUUCUGAAUCUUCUCAAAAACCCACAACUUCUUCAUCUAAGCCUGCCGUCAAUACCACACCGGCCCCUGCACCUCCUCCAUCGAAAAAGUCGCGGUCUUCCAAUAAACGCCCGAAUCUUGUUCUGCCCUCUAUUGAAGAUUCGUUCCCACCUUACUCAUCUACGCAAAUCAUCAAGUCAUCCAUUAAGCGCAUGCUCUCAUCCGCACUUGUCAAAAAAAUUCCGGUGCCGGCGCCGGUUCAACUCCAGAUGCGCGAUCAUCCACAUCUUUACCGCACGACCCCCCAGCCAAUAAAGAAAGUCGUCGUCAUUGGCGUUCAUGGAUUCUUCCCCAUGCGCAUGCUACGCUCAUUUAUCGGCGAACCAACAGGCACAUCGGUAAAGUUUACGACCAUGGCUGGACAAGCUUUUGAGCGCUGGGCUGAGGAUCAUGGAUGUGGCGACGACGUGGAGAUUGAGAAAAUCGCAUUAGAAGGUGACGGUAAGGUGCUAGAGCGCGUUGAAAACCUCUACGACCUUAUGCUCAACUGGCUUGACCAUAUAACUGCAGCUGAUGUUGUUCUCUUUGCUGCACAUUCCCAGGGCACCCCAGUCUCGGCACAUUUGCUUGCCCGAUUGGUAGAAGAAGGCCAUAUUGGCCCUAAUACCAAGAUUGGCUUGCUCGGUAUGGCUGGAAUCUCACUUGGCCCAUACUAUGGUCUUGACCAGAGCAUUGUGGUGCGUGCCUAUUCCUCCAUUGAGAGCGAUUCCCUGCGUGAGCUUUUCGAGUUUCAAAACCCAGCCUCGGUUCAAUCGCGCAAAUACGCGGCUGCGCUGCGCACUAUUGUGGCCCAUGGAGCUAAGAUUCUCUUUAUUGGCUCUAUCAACGACCAGCUGGUCCCGCUGUAUUCUUCCACAUGCAUUCAUGUUGCGCACCCCCAUGUGCUGCGUGCCGUGUAUGUGGACGGCGGUGAAGAUGUUGCACCGGAAUUCAUCUCCAAUUUGAUUGCACUUGCGCUUCGUCUCAAGAACCAGGGUGCCUCCGAGCACGGUUUGCUCAAACAAAUCUCCGGGUCUCUGUCUGGAUCUUUACGUGGCGGUGGUCACUCGCGCAUCUACGAUGAGCCCCGCGUUUAUGACCUGGCCAUCCAGCAUCUCCUUGAAACAUCAAACGCUCCGGCAAAUACGCCAGUCAAAAUUGAUGAUACCUUUGAGGUCCCCCGUUUUAAUAAUAACCCAUAUUUGCUCCCCUGGGCUCUCCACGGAAUGCUUUCUGAGGCCGCAUGCCGCCCAGAUCUUCAGUCUGCCGUUACUGAGCUUAUUUCAGAGUUCACCACGUGGAAACCAGAGUCCAAACCUCUUAAAGAUAUCAAGUACAGACUCAGCGCAAUCCAGUCAAAGCUCUAA